AUUGCAUAAACACAGGUAUUGUUAUCGGCAACUCGUCCUGCUGAAGCACAAACUGCACCUCGUUAAACUUUGUUAGACCGGUAAAUCAUAGCUGACGAUGGCAGGAGACAGUGCUGCGGUGGAGCCAGAGCGAGGCAACUGGGGUGGGAAGCUCGACUUCUUCAUGUCAUGUGUGGGAUACGCUGUUGGACUUGGCAAUGUCUGGAGGUUCCCGUAUCUCUGCUUCAGAAACGGAGGGGGGGCGUUCCUGGUGCCCUACGUGAUUAUGUUGGCCCUGGCCGGACUCCCCAUGUUCUUCUUUGAGAUGGCCCUGGGACAGUUCGCUUCCCUGGGGCCGAUCACCAUCUGGAGGGUCAACCCGCUCUUCAUGGGUAUCGGGUUUGCUGUGGUAAUUAUAUGCACUAUGGUGUGCGUCUACUACAACGUCAUCAUCAUGUACAGCAUGUUCUACCUCAUGGUGUCCAUCAUCAACCUCGACGGCAACCUCCCGUGGAUGAGCUGUGGCAACUACUGGAACACACCAGCAUGCACGAUGUCAGCAAGACCGUCGUUUGACAACAUCACAGACGUAGAGAAACUCAACAUUACAAUGAGACACUUGGAGCCAGACUGCGUCAACACGACACUGAGUCGCAUGAAUCUCAACUACAGCGACUUGACAUACAACCUGACCCUCAGCAACUUCACCGCCUGCAACGACACCAAGAGCUGGAGACUGAUCACUCCAAGCGAGGAGUACUGGACUAACUUCGUCUUGAACAUCGACCAGGCCGAAGACCUUGGCAACGUGGGCGGCGUCAGCCUCAAGUUAGCCUUCGUCCUUCUCUUGUCCUGGCUCGUCCUCUUCUUCUGCCUCAAGAAGGGGGUGCAGACAUCUGGCAAGGUCGUGUACUUCAUGGCCACAUUCCCCUACAUCGUCCUCAUCUGUCUGCUGGUCCGGGGGCUCACUCUCGACGGCCACAUGCUCGGCGUCAACUUCUACAUUAUUCCCAAGUGGGAGCGACUGCUCGACGCCACGGUGUGGAGGGAGGCAGCCACCCAGAUAUUCUUCUCCCUGGGGCCAGGGUUCGGGAGUCUCAUGACUAUGGCCAGCUAUAACCCAUUCAAACACAACUGUCACAGAGAUGCCGUCAUCGUCUCCCUCAUCAAUUGCGGCACCAGCGUGUUCGCCGGCUUCGUCAUCUUCUCCAUGCUCGGGUUCAUGGCGCAUACCACCAAUCAGGACGUGAAGGAUGUCGCCGUGGAUGGUCCUGGGCUGGUGUUUGUGGUAUACCCAGAAGGCAUAGCGCGCAUGCCGGUCGCCCCACUGUGGUCGUUUCUGUUCUUCUUCAUGCUGGUGGCUCUGGGACUGGACUCACAGUUCGGAAUGAUGGAAUCCGUCCUGAGCGCCAUUAUUGACGCAUUCCCCGCCUUUCUGCGCAGGCAUAGGACAAUAUUCACUUUAUGCUGUGUGCACACAAAACAUCAUCUGCAACAGCUGCUGCAGCUGCUCAGCGUGCUACCACUGCUGGUGCCACAAAGACAGCUGAGUCUUCAUUAUACAUAUACGUACAUUGCCCUUGUUAUACGUAUAUAUACAUUGUCUGCCUUAGGUCCAUACGUACUCUCUGUUAUACACAUGCUGUCUGUGGUUGCAGGGUUAAGGCGGUUCUGUCGAGAUGUGGAGCUAAUGAUGGGGUUCCAGCCCAACUACUACUGGCAGGCCACGUGGCUAGUCAUCACCCCACUUGCCAUCGUUGUGAUGAUAGUCAUGUCCUUCGUCCAGUACAGCCCUAGUUACUAUGGCGACUAUAAGUUCCCAGCGUGGGGCCAGGAUGUUGGGUGGGUCAUGGUGUCCGUGCCCAUUGCCUGCAUCUUCGUUACCAUGGUGAUACAGAUCAUAAGGCACGGCUCCGUCAGAAAUGCCAUUAAGCCAAAAGACAGCUGGGGCCCUGCUAAGCUUGCACAUAGGACAGGCAGAUACGCCAGUACCAACCCAGCAUUCCAAUCCGAUGGCGAAACCGAGGCCAAAAACGGCAGCGUUGUAAAUAGUGAUAUUGAAAUGGCCGUUGAUGGAGACAUACUGGAGGGCACAGAAGGAAAGACUAGAUUGUGAUUGGAAGGUUGAAACUAUGAGCAAAGCAAUAACGUUGUAGUAUGGUGUGGUGUUCCAGAAUAAUGUUACGCAGCGACGCCGCCAUGACGUCAUUCUGACUUGCGAGGAUUAUGUUUGCAGGCGUCACCAACAUACGGGUCACGACGUCAACGGACCAAUGAGAAGCAACUAUUUACACAAUGCAUUAUAAAUACCUAAGUGAGUGAGUGUUUGCCGACGCUUUUAUUAGCAGUAUUCCAGCAAUACCAUGGUGAAGGACACUGAAACACAUUGCACCCAUUUGGGGAAUACUGUUACUGUUACAGAAAGUCACAAACAUUAUUAGCUGGACGUCUCUUGGAUAGACAGUUUAGUGCUCCGAAACGUUGUACUUUUUGGAACUUAAAAAGAACCGGCCAAGGGAGUGUUUUCACGCACAACACCUCAAGCAGAGACUGAAGCAUCGAGAAGAAGAACAAAACGUGCCCUUGAUGAGUGUUUGUCUCACAAAUCAGGGCAAGGAACGGGGUCGAGGGUAACAACGGCUGAUAAACAUAUCGACUGAAUGACAUUUCCAUGAGAAUCUAACCAUCUCUUUAAAUAUCUAAACCUUUCUUUGGGCUACCCAUCAGCUGUUAACUCUCGUUCACAGACGGACUGAUUUACGCUUCUGUACCUACUGACCUAGUACAAUCCUUCUUGUUUCUUAUUAAGUAACUAUGUACACUAUAUCAGGAUUUGAUUUAAAGGUCUGGGGCAAAUCUGUUUAAAAAUGUUGUGACAUUUUUCUGUAACUAUUGUCAUAAACUGGUCACUUGGAAAACGAUUUGACUAAACAUUUAAAAAUAGAAACGUUUUAGAAACAUUACUAGGCUGAAAGAGUUUCCUGAACACUGCAACCUAAAGCUCCAAAAUACAACUAUGAUACAUCGUUAAGGAACAAUCGGGUUUUUUGUCAAUUUUUGUGACCAUUAAGAGUAGGUGUAUACUUUCUUUGGCCCAGUUCUUUGUAUGAAGAAAAUAAUGUUUUAUCAAAUAAAUUCUGCAUUCCAAAA